AAAUUACAAAAAUACAUUGAGAAAUCAUUUAAAAGCCACACGCUUCAUCCGAACAUCCUCAGUGACAGUCAUAGUGAACAAAAUGAAAGUUACAUUGGUAUUGAUCGCAGUACUCCUCGUGCUCCAAAACAGGAGUAUCUCCGCCAAUCUGAGUGCUUCAGAGAUUGUCUCUAAUCUCUUCGACGCUACUUUUAAUUCAACUGGAUUUUCGGUGGAAGUCGUUAUAAGUGAACCAUUUUCUGCUCGUGAAGCUUGUGCUAACGAGCUCAAUGAUUCUAUUCGGAAAGACAUUGCCGAUGCUGGGGCAGACAUUCGGCAGGCAUUGAGAAUUCAACAAACUGUCGCUCAGGAAAAUUGUGAAAACCUAAACCGACUGAAAAAGGAACUCGUAGCAAAUAUAAACAAGUGCGUCGAACAAAAUGCAAACCAUUUUUGCCAUUUCUCGGCGAUACAGCAUACGAUCCGAGAAAUUCAAGCCCUCAGCCAUAAUCAUAUUCCAGUUGACAAUGCACAAAUAUUCUUACGUUUAGUAGAACUCUGCAGGAGUUUAGAUAAAGAAUUUGCGAAAUAUGAAGUUUGCUUAUUGGAACACCCGGAAGUUACAUCCCUAAAACCACAAGCCUCGUCAGAACCCCCAGGCUAUUCGCUGAGCACUGAGUCAGAACCUACAGCCUCUUCGCUGACCACUGAAAAAGGCAGUUCUGAUUCCUCAGAGACAGAAGAGACCACAGCAAAGCCAAGUUCUGAUUCCUCAGAGACAGAAGAGACCACAGCAAACCCAAGUUCUGAUUCCUCAGAGACAGAAGAGACCACAGCAAACUCAAGUUCUGAUUCCUCAGAGACAGAAGAGACCACAGCAAACUCAAGUUCUGAUUCCUCAGAGACAGAAGAGACCACAGCAGGCCCAAGUUCUGAUUCUUCAGAGACAGAAGAGACCACAGCAGGCACAAGUUCUGAUUCCUCAGAGACAGAAGAGACCACAGCAGGCACAAGUUCUGAUUCCUGAGAGACAGAAGAUAUUAAGCAGGCCCAUUAAAUCUUCUAGGAAUUUUAUAAAAUACUAUUAUUUUCAAGAAUAUGUGAAUUGUGCGACAUUUUCGUAUUAAAAAGUUAAUUACUAUUUCAA